GGUGACCAUAUAAUUUUAAUACUAUGUUGGUAAUGAAGGCCAGAAUUGCAGGUCCUUCAAUUGUCCGUCCGCUAUGGCGGCGAGAAUUCUCAUCCUCGUCGUCCCGUCGCGCAAUCAAUAAAAUCGUCCCCAGCGCUCAAGAAGCUAUCAAGGACUUGAAAAGCUCGACCAUGAUUUUGGUCGGUGGAUUUGGCUUCUCAGGUGUUCCUAGCAGCUUGAUUAAUGCUGUGCGUGAUCGUCCGGAGCUUAAGGAUUUUACAAUCGUCUCCAAUAAUGCGGGUAUGCCUGGUGUCGGUUUAGGUCAACUGUUGGAGACGCGCCAGAUUAGUAAAAUGAUUGCCUCAUUCAUUGGUGAAAAUAAGGUCUUCGAAAAAAUGUAUCUGGAAGGUGAUCUAGCCCUCGAGCUUACUCCUCAGGGUACAAUUGCCGAGAAAUGCGCUGCAGGUGCCGCUGGUGUCCCUGCUUUCUACACUCCUGCUGCCUAUGGUACUAUUGUCCAGUCCGGUGAACUGCCUGUCCGUUACAACAAAGACGGCACCGUUACCGAAAAGUCGAAACCUAAGGAAACUCGCGAAUUCAACGGAAAACAAUACAUCUUGGAAGAAUCAUAUUUUGCCGACUAUGCAUUCGUCAGGGUAGCCAAAGCAGACAAACUCGGUAACUGUCAAUUCCGCAAGGCUCAAAACAAUUUCAACGAGGCCAUGGCCAAAAAUGCCAAGGUCACCAUUGUUGAAGCUGAUGAGAUUGUUGAGGUUGGGCAACUUGCGCCUGAAGAGAUUCAUCUGCAGGGUAUCUACGUCAGCAAGGUUAUCAAGAGCACGGAAGAGAAGAAGAUUGAGAAACUCACUUUCGCCAAGGAUCCCAACGAUCUGCUGCAAGCUGGUAAUGGCGAUGCCACUGCUAGACGUGAACGAAUUGUCAAGCGUGCUGCCAAGGAAUUCGAAGAUGGCAUGUACGUCAACCUGGGUAUUGGUAUGCCUCUUGUCGCUCCCGCAUUCUUGCCCGAGGGAAUUGAGGUUGUUCUCCAGUCUGAAAACGGUAUCUUGGGACUUGGCGGAUAUCCUCGCCCCGGUGAAGAGGAUCCUGAUUUGAUUAACCCGGGCAAAGAGACUGUUACUCUUGCUUCUGGUGCAUCUGUCUUUGGUUCCCACGAAAGUUUCGGUAUGAUUCGUUCUGGUCGUAUUGAUCUUACCAUGCUUGGAGCUUUGCAAGUCAGCCAGUAUGGAGAUCUUGCAAACUUUAUGCUCCCCGGAAAGGUUAAAGGUAUUGGAGGUGCCAUGGAUCUUGUUGCAAACCCCAGCCAAACCAAGGUCGUCGUUACCAUGGAGCAUGUCGAUAAAAAGGGGAAUCCCAAGAUUCUAGAAGAAUGCUCGUUCCCACUCACUGGGCCUCGCUGUGUCUGGAAGAUCAUCACUGAUCUCGCUGUGUUCGAUGUACACCCUACCGAGGGUCUCACGCUGAAGGAAGUUGCCGAGGGUGCUACCGUGGACGAGGUCAAGAGCAAGACAGCUGCUCCUUUCAAGGUUGCGGAGAAUUUAAAGACCUUUUAGAAUUUGAAUAUGUUUUUGUUUUGGACGCUAUCUAUGUAUAUAUUCAAAAAUUUGGGAAUGAUUAGA